GAUUGCUCCUCCCUGUGUUGGAUCGAUCAUUUGGAAUUUGAUUACUCAAGCCUGAGGUGCGCAGGGCCUUGCCUCUGGUGGGAGUUAAGACAAUUUUAUAUUUGGUUACCUCCUCUGUUUUUAAUCUUCUGACUCUACAAAACAACCAGAAAUCAUGGCAGACGACGAAUUAGAGGCUAUUAGGCAGCAGAGGAUGGCGGAACUGCAGGCGAAGCAUGGAGUAAGUGUAAACCUGGGCUGUAAACGUGUUUGAGUCCGCCUUAUAAGGAGAUGCUGAGCUCAGGCUGCUGCUGCUGCGAGCUAACACUUCUGAAGCUAAACUGGUCUCCACAACCCUGCUGGUCUGACUGGCACCCAGGGGAUGGACGUGCCUCAUUUUUGACAGACAUGAACCAUUAUAGUGAAAUGGUGUUUAUGUGGUCGAAGUAAGAUUCAUCACAGUUAGAGGAGGGGGUGAUCCCCUCACUGUUAGCUUUAGUAGACCCCAUAGCUGACAAAGCCAGCUGAGAAAAACAGAACAAAGACUCUUGAAUAUAUGAGUUUAUUUAUAGCAAGAAGUGGGUGGAGGACUUUAACUUCGGUGCAGUAUUUUCAUUAGGCUACAAUGUUUCUACUUUGUGGUGAACAUCUGAUCAGCAGCUUCCGAUUUAGCUGAUCAAAAAACAGAUCCUGAUCCAAAACCACUCCACCCAGACCUUUUAGAUCUGGACUAAAUUAUCAAAGACAGUCUAUAGCCCUCUGUAAAAAUGGUUUCGGAUUUGUAAAACCUCAAUACUACUUAAAUUGAAAAAAAAAAUGGCAAUUUCUCCUCUUAUUUUUUUCUGUCAAGAUUCUGUAAUAUUAGGUCCUGAUCCAAAUCCCUAAUACUAUGACCUCUUACAUCUGGCUGAAGUUAUUCUCAAGAGGUUACACACUCAUUAAAACACAGUUUUAGAUUCAUCCCCUGUAUCAUAUUCAUAAAAAUGCAAGAAAGAUCAAAUUUGAGAGAUUAAAAAAAAAGUGGACUUGCCCUUUUUUGCAAAAGGAGAAUGUGAGGAAAAAAAAUCACCUUUUCAUGAAUCAGAAUUUAUUAAAAGCUGUUAAGUUAAAGAUAUGUUACAACAUUUUUUUACUGUGAGAGAGCUUUGGACGCAAUAUAUCAUCCAAUUCUCAGCAGAGAAGGAUAGAACAGUUGGUUAGAGUGAAUAUCAUAAGAUAAAAUCACUGAUUUGAGUUGAUAAAGGCAGCCAACCCAAAAAAAUAUCACUACAGAUGAGGCCAAAAGAUUUUUAGCAUCUAGAAAAGAUUAUUGCUCACUCUUGUCCAUUAUGGGGUAUUAAUUUUAUUUUCUAAUUCCUGUCUCAACUAUUAAACAUCAUGUGGUUUUACUAAACUUAUGAUAACUGUAGUUUUAUUGAAUCACCAAGCUAAACUUGGAUUCUGACAAUCAUGGAGAAACUAAAUUUGAUGUUCAACUGAUUUGUUAGACUAUUCACAAACUUGAGGGAGUUUAAUGAAAUGUAUGAAAUGUUUUUAUGAAGUAGUGAUUCAUGUCUUCCACUCACACUUUGCUGGAUGCAAAGAUACAACCUAAUUGUCAUUAAAUUGUUAUUUCAGAAUGUUUCAAAUAAUCAGCAAGGAGAGGAGGCCAAACAAAGGUAAGAUCUGUUAACCAUAUACUGUUCAGAAAUCAAUUUUUACAAGUAUUAAGUUUGGCUGAAAAUGGACCUAGGGAUAAAAACACAUCACAUUAUCAUAAGUCUUUUAAAGUGUUGUAGGAGAGCCAGGGUAAUGUUCUGAUAGUUUCAUAUUUAAUUCAAUCUCCUGUUGUUUUGCAAACUGUAGUUUUGUGAGUGUGGUCAUGUUAUUAAUUUUUAUUUACAGAGAAACAGAAAUGAGGAAUACAAUACUGGCUCAAGUCCUUGACCAGUCUGCCCGUGCCAGAUGUAAGUGUGUGCUCAGAUUUAUUUGUGUAUCCUGGAGAGGAAUCAUUCGCAAAAUAAAUCAGGUUCUUGUUACAGGCAAAGAUGUAGAUGUAUAUUAAAGGUAGAGUUAUUGAAUUGAUUUUAUAGGCUUUAUCAAACAGAAGACCGUUGUGGAAUAUAGUCUGUAUCAGAAUCAAAUUUUAAUCAUGCCAAUAAUGACACACUGUGGAAGCUAAUCCGGGAUAUCACCACCAUCUUUUACCAUGUGGCUAUUUGCAUUCUAAGACAAUAAAGGUUGUAGAUCUAGAUAACAAUAUAUGUGACAUAUUGUUCGUGAUUUCCCCUGUCGUGUCUAACUUUCAGCUGAAAAGAUGUCCAGGAUUCCAUUGAAAUUUCAUUGUGUAAUUAAAAGUUUGUUCAGUUAUUGCACUUUAUGAGCAUAACAUGUUGAUGUUUUUAUUUUCUUUUUCAGUGAGCAACCUUGCUUUGGUGAAGCCAGAGAAGGCCAAUGCAGUUGAAAACUAUCUCAUCCAGAUGGCUCGUUUUGGGAAGUUAGGAGGAAAGGUAAAAACUACCUCUGAUGGAUGCACUGUUUACCAUAUUGUUUUCUUAUCCCUGUAGAGUAUUGAAUCAAGUUUGUCUUUCUCAGAUCUCAGAGUCAGGUUUGAUCGAGAUUCUUGAAAAAGUCAGCCAGCAAACAGAGAAGAAGACAACAGUCAAAGUAAGUGUCACUAAGUUAUCAACCAUAUUUCAUUCAUUAUCACCCUUACUCUCUCUGACCUAAUCUCUUUUUACCAGUUUAACAGACUGAGGGUGAUGGACUCAGAUGAUGAGGAUGAUUACUAACUUUGAAUUGAAAGCCAGAAACGAGCCAAGAUAUCCGAAGAGGACAUACUCUGCCGGGACUCUGAUGGCUCCAUUGACCCGCUGAAUACUGAGUCCACACAAGAUUCUGUAUGUCCCUGAAAACUGUAGGCCAAGAGGGAAGACCAACCAAAAGGACAAUGCUGCUUAAGUGGUGGAGGGUAGAAUAAUCACAGCGUCAUUAAGGUGUCCUUUUCACAUCUGUUUUUGUUGCACAGGCUGUGCACUGCUCAUGACAACACCUGAUGGCUCUUGGCGCUAUUUGACUCCACGAGUACUUCCUAAUCCUUACCUUUUUCAUUUUUACCAUGACUUCUGUUCUUCAAACAUUGUAGAGUUUGUUAAAAUGCUGCUGUCAAUUUAUUUGGACUGUUCUAUAAACACGAAACACAGUCUUCUGUUGAGAGACGACUUCUGAUUAGUACUAGAUUGUGUUUGAAUAUUUCCUUUUUGCUGGCAUAUUUCUCAAAGUUUACAUAAAAGAAUUAACAAAAGCCUUAAAGUUGUUCAGAUGAACCAUCUCUAAAAUGAUCACAAGUGUGCAACUCUUUUGAAAGGUUUCUGUUUAGUUCACAAGUUAUGGUUCUCUGGUGAGAGGCACACAGUUAUCUAGGUUGUAAAUACACCCAACCAGGAAACAGAAAAACAAAGCAGCAUCAUCCCAAAUUCAUUUUACUGACUGUGUCUUUAUGAAUGAGCGACUUUUUUUGCUGAAUCAACAAUCUGGAACAUUAAACUUCAUCUCUGAAUCUAUAUCAUACAGAUCUAUACAGAUUCCCAAAUGUAACCAACUACUUUUGAAAUAAAAGGCAUGAAAGAUUUUUUUUUCCUCUGUAAGAAACAGUCUCUCUGGUAACACUGAUGAUUGAUUUAAGGAUUUUUUCUUCAAAGGACAAACAUUAAAAAGCAAAGGUACAAUAACCAUACCUUACACUCUGAAAACUCAAAUCUUAGUAAGAGGUUUGUCUUAUUUCUAGUACAAAAAAAAAAGUCUUAAGCUUUAUUUCAGCCAAAUUGACAUGUCAAGUCUGGGACAUGUCUUAAUUUAAGACAUGCCAAAAAAAGAACUAAUUUGCUUCUAAUGAGUGAAAAAGGACCAGUGGAUUAAAUAAUUAUAUUUGUCAUCUUGAUGUUCUUAAAAUGCAACAUCAAAUUUAAAUCAACUUUAUUCAUCCGUUAGGAACUUCAUUUGCGGAGAAAGCGCCAGUGCAGAAACAAAUAAAACAUAGCACAUGUGCAUUCACAGAUCAUAAUCUGUGAAUGAACCCAUAAUAAAUACAAUAAAAACAUUAAAUAAAAUAAAAACAAAAGGUCAAUCAUACUCAUCCUACAUUUUCUAAUUUAAAGAAACUUGAGAGUAAUUUUUUUCUUCCAUUGGUAGAUUUUGGCGUUAUGAGUUUUAGUAUUCGAUAGAGUUGUUUAUCAUAACUAUAAACAUGAAGUGAGGGCUGCAGGUGAAUAUCAAGUAAAUGUAAAUGUACUUGUGCUUUAUAGCUGGUUUUUAAGAUCAGUGCAUUUACUUUUAUUGAAGUAUUCUAUGUUGGAAGACUUGCACUUUAUUUUACAUAGCAUCAAUGAGAUUUCAACAUAAUUGCUGAAAACAUACAAGCUUUUCUGGACAGUGAGCUGAAGUGAAUUAGCCUCAAAUCUAAACAAAAUACCUUGAAACACUAAGGUUACACUUCUUCACAGGUCAAACAUGAAUCUUAUUUAAACAUAUUUAAAUUUCACAUUGUCUUGAUAGGGUCCAUAUUAGUAGUGCACAUCAUACUUCAAUCACCUUAAGGAAAUGUAGCUUUCAGCAUUUUCAGCCACUUUCACUUAUUACAAUCAACUCUUUCAUUUUGCCUGUAAUAACAGUCCUUUCUGCACAACCUUCCGUGAGUGAAGUGUACAGAGACCAUCUACAAAGGACAAUAUUGACCAAAGACGGCGCAAAAUUUUAUAGAGCAUCAGCAUGCAUAGAAAUCACCUUACACAUCCGUGCAAUCAGUUAUAUCUCAUAACAAUUGGUUAAGAAAGUGUCCGUUUGCAUAAGUUAAAGGACCAUCUUUUUCUCUCAACCUCCCAAUAAGGGGUACUCAGUACUGUAAGAACACUUCAAAUAAAAUACUGUGACUUUUAUAUCAGUAUAUAAACAGACGACUAGAUUUAAUCAUACUUGAGUAAAAUGUUGAUAAAGU